AUGGUUGGCCUAGGGCCGAGUGAUCAAGGAUGUGAUUUCUUUGAUGUGUGUAUAGUGGCACGUGAAACUAAACCGAGUGCGGUCGGCCGUGAGAGCACCGCACUGAAUGUCGGUAAUGACAUUGUUGGCCAUAUGCCAUUUAGUGUGGGCGGCCGUGAGGGUACCACGCUUAACGCCGGUAAUGGCGUUGUUGGCGAUACGCCGUAUAGUGUGGGCGGCCGUGAGGGCACCACACCUAAUGUCAGUAAUGAUACUGUUGGCGAUACGCCGUAUAGUGUGGACGGCCGUGAGGUCACUACACCUAAUGUCGGUGAUGACCUUAUUGGCGAGACGCCCUUAAUUUGA